UCUCCACUUGACGCUUGGUCGCCGCUGGGCUACCAGGUACAUGUGGAGGCUCCCAGUAGCCCGCGCUGCGCUUCGUGGGGUGCGUACGGCGGUGGAACGGCACAGCCAGACGGAGGCAGCAACUGGGACGGCGGCGGGCGCGAUGGAGCGGGCUGUAGUACGCUGUGUGCCCUCGGAGCCCAAGCUAAGCCUGUCAUUCGCGUUGGCCGACGGCAGCCACAAGAACAUGCAACGUGAUCAGAGCGAGCCACUGGGUCGGGCCCUUAGCCGAAUCGCUACUAACGCUCUCAAGGGCCACGCGAAGGCGGCCGCCGCCAAAAAGAGCCGGAAGAACAGGCCAAACGCGAGCGGCGGUGUGUCUUGUGCGGGGCCUGGACCCGAGCCGGCUGCGGCCUGCGAGCCGGUGGUGAAGCUGUACUACCGGGAGGAGGCAGUCGCUGAGGACGUGCUCAACGUGGACGCCUGGCAGGACGGCGCGGUGCUACAGAUAGGCGAUGUCAAGUACAAGGUGGAGCGCAACCCUCCCGCUUUUACGGAGCUGCAAUUGCCACGCUAUAUAAUGGCCGGAUUCCCGGUGUGCCCCAAGCUCAGCCUAGAGUUUGGGGAUCCCUCCAGCUCCCUCUUCCGCUGGUACAAAGAAGCCAAACCCCGAGGGGCGGAACCAGAAGGCGGGGGCCCUUCGUCAUUGUCUCCGUCUUCGCCCUCUCCUACUUGGACAGAGACUGGUGUGGACCAGCGCGUUUAUACCCCGACUAAUGCCGACAUCGGUCUUAGGCUCAAGUUUCAUUGCACCCCAGGCAAUGGGCAGCGCUUCGGGCCAAGCAGAGAGUUGGAAAGUUGUCCAGUGGAGGCCGGGCCUGGCACCUGCACCUUUGACCACCGGCAUCUCUACACCAAGAAAGUGGCCGAUGACUCUCUCAUCCGCACUGUGUCCUACAACAUCCUUGCAGAUACGUACGCACAAACUGAAUUUUCGCGGACUGUCCUGUACCCAUACUGUGCCCCCUACGCCCUCGAGCUUGAUUACCGCCAGAAUCUUAUCCAGAAAGAACUCACAGGCUACAAUGCAGACCUCAUAUGUUUGCAAGAGGUUGACCGCAGCGUGUUUACAGACAGCUUGAUGCCUGCCCUCGAAGCCUUUGGACUGGAAGGCCUGUUUCGAAUCAAGCAGCACGAAGGUCUGGCCACUUUCUACCGAAAGUCCAAGUUUAGUCUCCUUAGCCAGCAUGACAUUUCUUUCCAUGAAGCCCUGGAGUCUGACCCACUGCACAAAGAACUGCUGGGGAAACUAGUUUUGUACCCUUCUGCAAAAGAGAGGGUGUUACAGAGAUCUUCUGUCCUUCAGGUUUCUGUUCUUCAGUCUACAACGGAUUCUUCUAAAAAGAUAUGUGUUGCUAAUACCCAUCUCUACUGGCACCCAAAAGGUGGGUAUAUUCGUCUCAUUCAAAUGGCAAUAGCCUUGGCUCAUAUCAGGCAUGUCUCCUGUGAUCUGUAUCCUGGCAUACCAGUUAUAUUUUGUGGGGACUUUAAUAGUACCCCAUCAACAGGAAUGUAUCAUUACGUCAUCAAUGGAGACAUACCAGAGGAUCAUGAAGACUGGGCUUCCAGUGGGGAAGAAGAACGAUGCAAUAUGUCUCUUACUCAUUUUUUCAAACUAAAAAGUGCUUGUGGUGAACCUGCUUAUACAAAUUACGUUGGUGGCUUUCAUGGAUGUUUAGAUUACAUUUUCAUUGACUUAAAUGCUUUAGAGGUUGAACAAGUGAUUCCAUUACCUAGUCAUGAAGAAGUUACUACCCACCAGGCCUUACCUAGUGUUUCCCAUCCUUCUGAUCACAUAGCACUUGUAUGUGACUUAAAAUGGAAAUAGGUUUGUAUUUAAUGGAAUUUAAGUGUGCUUGAGUAGAAAAUUUAAUAUGAAUCAAAGCUUACUGUAACCUUCAGAGAAGAAAACUAGACACUAAGGUAAAGUGUUCUUACCCUACUAGUUAUAGUCCAAUGUCUUCAUUACAUGACUGUUCAUAAUGUUUGCAUAUUAUAGUUUCUCUACCCUUUUUUCUAUAUUUGGAAGAAAAGCAAAUAUAUUUAUGACUAGCAGGAAGAAAACUGAAUUAUUGUGUAUGUUUUAUAAGUACUUUUUUUUAGCUAGUAAUUAAGAAUUUUUUUAAAGUGUCAUUUGAAUGACCUGAUAGUUUUUCUAUCAUAAUACAUAUCUCAAGUGAAUCAUGUUUAUAUAAUUAGGAAGAAUGUGCAUAAAAGGUGUGAGGGGCCUAGGUUCUGACACAUGGAAUGACAAUAGGGUCUACCUCAAUUUGGUUAGCAAUUUAAUACAAUUUAAGAGCUUUAACAAAAGAUUAAAAGUAUCAAAAUUAUUAAUGCUUCACAUCUUUCAUUUUUUAGUUAACAUGGGUAUUUUCAUUUUCUCAUUUUUAAUAGUUUAUAGUAAAUGGAACAAAUGGGCAUAUUCUCAUUCUUACUGCAGCUCAUUUUGACUUAAGAUGCAGGCACAAUUUAAUAUUCAGAGUAAAUGGCAACAUAGUCAACUUGAUCCCAUUGUCUAAUUACUUUGGCCCAUGAAAAAUAUUCAUAACUCAAAACAGUAUUGUCCUUAUAAUAUUAGAGAAUACAACAUAUUAUGAAGUUGCCUACUGACAUGGGCUUGAAAUUUUCAAUGAACCAUUGAGCAUUUCUAUGCUAGAAUUAUUUUUAAAAUUGUUUUUAUAAGUAUGAAAAAUGGUAGUACAGGGAGUUUUGAGCAUCUGAAAUUAAAAAACAAAACUAUUCUUUUAUAAACUUGAACAUUUUAGUUUUAGUUACA